AUGUCGUCAUCUUCGAAUUUUGUUACGCCGGGACAGCAGCGCUACAUGCGCGCCUGCAUGGUUUGCUCUGUAGUUAUGACCUACAGCCGCUUCCGUGACGAAGGUUGCCCCAACUGCGAAGAAUUCCUCCAUCUUGCCGGCUCCCAGGACCAGAUCGAAUCAUGCACAUCACAAGUCUUCGAGGGCUUAAUCACUCUUGCUAACCCAUCCAAGUCGUGGGUUGCUAAGUGGCAGCGCCUCGAUGGCUAUGUUCCUGGCAUCUACGCUAUUAAGGUCUCUGGCCAGCUCCCUGACGAAAUCCGAUCGACGCUCGAAGACGAAUAUAGAAUACAGUACAUUCCACGCGACGGAACCGAGGUUGAGGAGUCGUAA